AACAGGCCCAAGUCUGGAUUCUGUACAGUUCCGUAAUCACGGAGAAAGGAAGGAAAAAAGUAAUUUCCAAAUAAAACACAGAAGAUUUUUUUUUAAAACAAUUCUGCCUCAAAUUAGUUUUGAAGGAACUAAAAAGGACUUUGAAGUGUCUCGCAUGUAGGAUUUCAAUGGGAAUCCCUCGAGAAAAGGGAUUCUUACAUGAAUGUUUAUUACACUGAAUCAGCCAGCUACCCACAGCAACUGCUUGCUUGAAGUUAUUUUUCUGGAGAAAAAAAUCUAGGGUCUGCUGCUCUGCUGCUGCCUUGAAAGACUCUCUGUGUUAUUCUGUAUAAUAAAGUUCAAAAGAUGCCAUCUGCUAUCCUGAAUAAUGAAUCGAUUGAUUUGGAGAGCAUGGAGGAGAUGGAAGAAGAAAUUCCAGUCGUGCUAUGUGCUGCUGCAGGCAGAAUGGGUGCAACAAUAGCUGCAAUCAACAGCAUUUAUACCAACACGGAUUCGAAUGUCUUCUUCUACAUAGUUGGGCUAAAGAGCGGCAUUCCACAUAUCAGGCAGUGGAUUGAAAACUCCAAACUGAAAGAUAUCAAGUUUAAAAUUGUGGAAUUCAAUCCUAUGGUGCUUAAAGGGAAAAUCAGACCAGACGCAACCCGUCCUGAAUUACUUCAGCCUCUAAACUUUGUUCGAUUUUACCUCCCUCUACUUAUCCAUGAACAUGAAAAAGUGAUUUAUUUUGAUGACGACGUGAUUGUACAAGGAGACAUCCAAGAUCUAUUUGAUACAAAGUUAAUUCGAGGACAUGCUGCAGCUUUUUCAGAUGACUGUGAUCUACCUUCAACUCAUGAAAUGGUUAGAAGUGUAGGAAUGCAGAACACUUAUAUGGGCUUUCUGGACUAUCGAAAGCAAACAAUCCAAGAUCUGGGUAUAAGUCCCAGCACCUGCACAUUUAAUCCUGGUGUGAUUGUAGCCAAUAUGACAGAGUGGAAGCACCAACGCAUCACAAAGCAGUUAGAAAAAUGGAUGCAGAAAAAUGUAGCAGAAAAUCUCUAUAGCAGCACCCUUGCAGGAGGUGUGGCCACUUCUCCAAUGCUCAUUGUUUUCCAUGGAAGAUAUACAACUAUUAAUCCUUUGUGGCAUAUUCGACAUUUAGGAUGGAGUCCUGAUGCUAGAUACUCAGAGCAUUUUCUUCAGGAGGCCAAGUUACUUCACUGGAAUGGGAGAUAUAAGCCUUGGGGCUACCCUAGUGGACACUUUGACUUUUGGGAAAAAUGGUUUAUUCCUGACCCUUCAGGAACUUUUAAACUGAUUCGUCCUAAGACCUAAUUAUGCCAUUUAUCUUUAAGACAUCAGAAACAGUUUUCAGCAUGAUCAUGGUUAUAUAUAUAUUUGAGAUGGUAUUUAGUGAACAUGGCUCUACUGUAUAACUGAAUCUUAUGAUGUAUAAGCAUCAAAAUGAAAUUUUACCACAAGGACAAUGAGGCCACAAAGUAUGCACACUAUCACUCUUUCUAGCAGGAGCUGAAACUGAAACAUUGUUAAGGAAAACAAUCUUUAAUAACACCAAGGUCUCUAUUUAAAUAAUUCUGUAAAUAAGGACUUACCAAAAUACUUUUUGUAAUACUGUUUGAAUAAAUUUGUUUUUGUCUUAAGUGCAUCUUCUAUAUAUAAAAUUAAGCCAAAUAAAAUUAAGCAUCCAUUAUUUUAUUUCAAAUAAUUUAAAACUGCUUUGUUGUAACAAUACCAAUACAAUUGACUUUUAAACAAUAUUACAAUAAAGCACCAGAAAAUAUUA